CCAUGUUACCUGCACAACUGACUGUAGUCAUGUAAUAAUAGACAGGAGUGUGUACUAGGUUAUUUAACUCUCAUUAUGUAAAUGUGCUUUUACUAAGAAGAUAUUAUUUUUUCCACCCCGAGACGUAUGCAAUUGAUAUUACCUAAUUUGAUCAUAUAUCUGUCCUGACUUGAAUUUUCAAUAUACACGUAGAAACUGAAUUGCACAUCAGAUUGAAAAUAUUGGAUUUUUCAUGUGUUUUAUCAAGUGACAUUCUUCUAGAAUAUUCCAGUUACAGCAACAUUCCUGUAUAGUAUUGAAUUCACAAACACUUGACAGGAUAGCUCAUGUGGAUAAGCAACCUGUGGAUUAAUUUAUGCAAAUGUAUGCGAAUGUGGAGUAUUAGAUAUUAAAUUCAGUGUGAUUGUUUGUGUGAUAAAACAAAAACACAAAAAAACUGUGAUAAUGUGAUUUAUCUGUGAUUUUGAAAUCGAAAAUAUUUGUGGUUCUAGGAUUAAGAGUUGACAAAAAUGGCAGAUGAGGAACACGAUUUAGAAGAUGUAGUGGUGCCACUAAAUCCAGUGCAUACAUCAGAACCAAGUCUACAAAAAACACCAAGUCCACAGAAGACACCUAGUCCAGAGAAAACCCCAAGUCCUGUUAAAACGCCGCAGUCUCCAACUAAAUCAAUCCCAGACAGUCCACCAGAGAUUGUGAUAACCUCUGAAAAUGGAGACACUUCAGCAUCCUACAGUAAACCAGUACAGGGAACUAGAUUUACCGUGACAACGGAACCAACGAAUCAGGCUGAUCGAACUGCAGGCGAUUAUUUUACAAUAUACGGAGAUAAUGGACAGUUUGCAAAAGAUGAUGUGGCUUUGGCAGAGAAUGAAGAUUCUCCCUAUAUUAAUCACAUGGCUCUAUAUGAGGAUGAUAUACAAACCCAAGGAAAGGUUUCACAGAUCAUCAAUCGUAUUUCGAACUACCAGGCCGGAAUACAACCAAACCCUAACGAGAUGGAGAAGGGAAAAGGUCAAAAGAAAGCCAACCUAGGAACAGCAUUAGGAGUAUAUCUACCAUGUAUACAGAAUAUUCUUGGUGUCCUCUUGUUCGUCCGUAUGACAUGGAUCGUUGGAAUGGCUGGAGCAUUAGAGUCUUUCUUUAUUGUUUUGAUUUGUUGUUGUACGACUAUGUUAACAUCAAUAUCCAUGAGUGCUAUUGCUACAAACGGUGUCGUACCUGCAGGUGGUUCUUACUUUAUGAUAUCUCGAGCGUUAGGACCCGAGUUUGGUGGAGCUGUAGGUGUGUUAUUUUAUCUGGGGACAUCAGUGGCUUCCUCUAUGUAUAUCAUUGGUGCCAUAGAAAUUCUUGUGCUAUAUAUGGCACCACAGAUUAGUUUAUUUGAAAAUCCGUUUCACAACUAUAGGAUAUACGGAACGUGUGUAUUACUCUUACUGUGUAUAGUUGUGUUUAUUGGCGUCAGUUUUGUCAGUAAAUUUGCCACGCUGUCUCUUGUCUGUGUUAUCAUAUCUAUAUUGUGUAUUUAUAUUGGUAUCUUCGCAGCAAGUGUCGACAAUAGUUUACAGGUGUGUGUUUUAGGGGAUCGUCUAUUGACGUCAGAUUCUAUAACACUGAAUGGUACAUCUAUGUGUACCAAAAACGAAUCCGGUCCAAUAUUUCAGCAUUAUUGUAAAAUGGAUAACAACACCCCUGUUUGUGAUGAUUACUUCAAAAACAAUGAAGCAAAAUGGGUGCGUGGUAUACCUGGUCUAGCAAGUGGUGUUUUUAAAGAGAAUUUACAUAAUCGUUAUACAGAGGCUGGAGAUGUGAUUGGAUCAGAGACACCUGGUGACAGUAGUAGAGGAGAGAUUAUAUCUGAUAUAACAACAAGCUUUAUGAUUUUAUUGGCUAUCUACUUUCCUUCUGUAACGGGUAUAAUGGCAGGCUCUAAUAGAUCCGGAGAUUUAGCAGACGCCCAGAAAUCUAUACCAACAGGAACCAUAUUAGCUAUAUCUACUACUACUUUUAUCUAUAUAACAGGUGUAUUUUUCUUCGCUGCCUGUAUAGAAGGACAUUUACUUAGAGAUAAAUAUGGAGAGAGUAUAAAUGGAGGUCUUACUAUAGGUUUUUUAGCCUGGCCCAAUGAAUGGGUCAUUAUGGUUGGUUCCUUUUUAUCAACGCUUGGUGCUGGUCUCCAAUCAUUAACAGGUGCUCCCAGAUUGCUUCAAGCUAUAGCAAAAGAUAAUGUGAUACCAUUCUUAAACAUUUUCUCUGCAACGACUAAACGUGGAGAACCAUUCCGUGCCUUAAUACUGACUGCCGUUAUUUCGGAGAUUGGAAUUCUUAUUGCUAGUUUGGAUUACGUGGCACCUAUUAUUACCAUGUUUUUCUUGAUGUGCUAUGGAUUCGUAAACAUGGCAUGUGCACUACAGACUUUAUUACGAACACCCAACUGGAGACCACGAUUUAGAUUUUAUCACUGGACCUUGUCUCUGAUAGGUUUAGCAUUAUGUAUAACGUUGAUGUUUAUAUCUAGUUGGUACUAUGCAUUGGCGGCCAUUGCUCUUGCCUUCUGUAUUUACAAGUAUAUUGAAUAUAAAGGAGCUGAGAAGGAAUGGGGAGAUGGUAUUAGAGGGUUGGCUAUGUCUGCUGCUCGUUAUGCUUUGUUACGUUUACAAGAAGGACCACCUCAUACCAAAAACUGGAGGCCACAGUUGUUAGUAUUAAUGAAAAUAGAUGAAAAUCUUCAGCCAAAAUAUCCGAAAAUGAUCAGAUUUGCUGGUCAACUGAAAGCAGGAAAGGGUUUGACAUUAGUAUCAAGUGUUCUUGAAGGUAACUAUAUAGAAAGAUAUGCUGAUUCUCAAGCUGCAAAACUUCAUCUAGACAAGUUAAUAAAAGAUAGUGGUGUAAAAGGAUUUUCAGAUAUAACUGUUGCUCCUAAAAUAACCGAAGGAUUAUGUUACUUAGUUCAGAAUUCUGGUUUAGGAGGACUUAAACAUAAUACAGUUGUUAUGGGUUGGCCGUAUGGCUGGAGACAUACAGAUGACACCAGAAGUUAUAAAGUAUUCAUAGACACCAUCCAUAAUGUUAGUGCUGGACAGAUGGCCUUACUAGUUCUAAAGGGUAUCAACCAAUUUCCUGAAGCUAAUGAAAAGUUACGUGGUACAAUCGAUGUAUGGUGGAUUGUCCAUGAUGGAGGAUUACUUAUGUUACUGCCAUUUUUAUUACGACAGGAUAAAUCGUGGAAAAACUGUAAAUUACGAAUAUUUACUGUAGCUCAGGUUGAAGAUAAUAGUAUAGAAAUGAAGAAAGAUUUACAGACAUAUUUAUAUCAACUACGUAUACAAGCUGAAGUUAAUGUUAUAGAAAUGAGUGGAAGUGAUAUAUCAGCUUAUACGUAUGAACGAACUUUAAUGAUGGAACAACGAACAGAAAUGUUACAACAGAUGAGAGUUAAAAAACCAGAGCCUCAGUCUAUCAUAGAUAAGGCUCAUAACCCUGGGGAUGUUAAAAUACAGUUAGAUUCUGUACCCGAAGAAACAGCAGAUUCUUUGAAUGAACCAACUUCUAUACAAGAUCGUAACCAGUUUACUUUUACACCACGUGACAAAAUCUUUAAACCUGUCAGUAAAAAUCUCCUUAAUUUAAAACCAGAUAAUAAGAAUGUACGUAGAAUGCAUACUGCUGUACGAUUAAAUGAGUGUAUCGUAGAGAAAUCACAUGAAGCUCAGCUGGUUAUAUUAAAUUUACCAGCACCACCAAAAACACCUGCUGGUGAAGAGAGCUACAUGGAAUUUUUAGAAGUGCUAACAGAAGGACUGGAUAGAGUUUUAAUGGUUCGAGGAAGUGGACGAGAAGUUAUCACAAUUUACUCUUGAUCUGAUUACCAUUAAUAAGAUCAAUAAAUGUAUUCAUACGCUUAUCAUCGUAGCAAUAUAUAUUUACACAAUAAACGCAUGACAUAGAUAUAUACAUAUAAAACCAAUCUGCAAGUUUUUCAUCAUCAUUUUUAUCGCGCUCGCUCUUUGUGUAUUUAUUUUAUAUUAGUGCCAAUUUUUUAAUAAUCAGUUAUCAUAUCACAUUAUUGUCACCAAUUUUACGCUACAGUGAAGUUUCAUUAUUUAAAGAGGCGUUAUCGCUUUAAUCAUAAAAUUAAAUAUCUUUUAAUUUUAGAUAUCAUAUUAAAUUUCAAAGUUCCAAAUGCGGCAUUUAGCCCUCAAUUAGCCCAGCAAAUGUUAUAUAGAUACAAAUCAUGCUUUUGUAUUAAAGACCUGUGACAUAUAGUAACUUCAAAUUGAAAGUAAGAAGGCCUCUUUUCUUUAAUUAACUGUCUUAUGUAAUUAUUACUUUAGUUCAUUUGACAACCAAUCAAAAAAAUAAAAAAUUUAAUUUUUAGUGAAUGAUGAAUUAAACAAUGCAAAUUACAGCCACAUGUUUUUUGAAUUUCUAACGACAACGACAUUUUGAUUACUUGAGAUCCAUAAACUUCCUUGGUAUGGAAAAUUGUAAAAGAUUCUAUUUGUUAUGGAAUUUGACUAUUAAUGUUUUAAACUUUAGAUGUGUGAAUAUAAGGGUAUACAUAUAGUAUAUGUUUUGUCAUCAAUAAUUUAUUCUGAAUUAUAUAUUUGAUAGUUUAUUAAAGGCUGGAUGCAUCAUUUAGCGCUAUAGCAAUCCCUUGCAAACUACAAUAUUAGGAAAGAUUAAUCUCUAAUAGGAAUAUAUCAGUCCAAAAAUGGUUCAAUUCCAUUUAGAGAUUAUCUAGGAUUGGUAUUUUGAUUUGAUUUUCUUAAUUAAAUGAUAAAUAAUCAAUCGGAGUACAUAUUUAGAGUGUAAUUAGCCGUGACAAAUUUUAUUUGUUAGGGAAAUUGCUAAUGACGCAUUGGGCCUUUAAGCUAAUAUUUUGAUUGUUUAUAAGCAUAUACUAGUCACGAUCAUCUAUAUAUUAAAUUUCUUUAAGUAUAUCAUAUUUAACUGAUAAUCAUACAGUUUAAAAAAUCCACCCUGAAUAUUCAGGCCUUCAUACUUGGUUUACCAAAUGGCUGUUUAUUGAAUCAGAGGUGAUUUCAUAAUAUUAAAAACUUCUUCUAAGAGAACUCUGUAUGAUAUAGUCAUAUAUGUAACAUUAAAAUGUCUCAUUUAUUAUUUGUUACAAAGAAAUAAUUAUGCAGGUAUAUACAUAAAGGGACAACAAAAUAUAUUUUUUUCUUUUGCCAUGUUGCUUCUUUUGUUUUACAUUUAUAAUUAUGUGGAAUUUUUUUUCCAUUUGUUACUGAUAUUUUGGCUUAUUAACAUGACCGACCAUAUUUGCAAAAUACCCUUUUUGGUUUAUUAUAGACUUCAUUUUACAUGUAUAUUGGUGGAAUAUUUUUUCUCCACUAAUCUUUUUUGCUUUUUGCAAGUUCAUAUAUAUUUUGGAAAAUGUAUAGCAAUAUAUGUUUUUGGGAACCUUUGUUUUGUUUAUGUCUUGAUUCUUUGUGUGUAAAACAGUGCUUAUAGAAAGGGUACAAGCAAAGUAAGGUAUUUUAAUGGGGAUACUCGAUAAAAUUUUCCAGAAAUAAAUUCUCUUAAUCCCCAAAAUAGUGCCGGCUGCACAAGAAAAUAUCUCAUUUCAGCUGAAACAUAUUCGAUGUGUUUAAUAAUGUCAUAAUUCUACUCCACCACCUCUGUUGUUGGGACUGGCAGAACUAUGACGGGGCUGAAUUCCACGCCACUCGGUUGCAAUUCUGUCAAUUCCAGACUGACAAUUAAGCUUCUGCUUAACAUACAGAUUUCUGAACAAGUUUAUCUCCAAAAAAUAUAAAUCCAAAAAAUUACAUAAGCUUAAUUAUUUACAUUUUGCUGUAACUAUUUUAUACGUAAUGCUGUUUUCAGUAAUUAUUAUGUAAGUUAAUAAUACAAUCAAAUAUUGUUACAAUGUAUAUAGGACAAUCUUAACAUUGGAUAGACAGAACAAAAUAAUAUAUAAAUCAUAUCAUUUAUUCAUAUAUAAUGUAAAUUUCCGUGGUAUCUAUUGCUUGUUUUUAUUUGAUUCCAUGAUUUGUACUCUACCAUCCUUUCAUUGGGUCCACAUAUCAUCAUCAUGUAAGAUAUAUCUUAUACAGUUACAAAUCGUAUACGUGUAUUUAGCCCUUUCUAGGGGUUAAACUUCCACAAAGGUUUACAAUAUUAGGUAAAAAGGUAAGACAAGAGAAGGUUCAAGUUAUUAAUACAAUCAAGCAUUUUGUAAUCGAACACAUUAUAUUAAAUACAAGAGUUCUAUGGAAAUCAGUUACUGUAUUUUUAAUCAUUCUUUCGGUAUAAGUAUUGUGUUUGAAAAAGACAAGAGAAUCAUUGUAAAAACGUAGCUCCUAUUAAAAUACAUUAAUUGUUUUCCAUAGAACUUUUUAUUUAAUUUAGUAAUUAUAUGUAUCAGUAGUCAAUUGCAGAGUGAUUCCGACCAGCAUCAGUUCUCUGAAAUUCAGUUUUGAUUGAACAGAAUCUCAACCAUUUAUAUUUUAUUUGAUGACAGGUACAAUUUAUUUGAUCUCCAGUAAACCACAUGUUAAUUUAUUCCAUGGUCCCAUAUAAAUCUGUCAUUUGAAUUAACAAUUCCUGUCUUUCAAUGUAAUAAGGAUAAAAAUAGGGCACAGAAAUGCCUAAUUGGGUCAACCAAUGAAAAAACUAGAACACCUGAUUUGAACUGAAUUAAAUUUCAUUGGGUCAAAAGACAAUUUAGUUCAAUGUAAAGAUUGUAAAGAUACUGUGGUUUGACCAAUCUAGCGAGAUUCAUUAUUAGAUUGAUACCCAUCCAAUUGGUCUUUUCAAACUGUUCUUCUGUUAUUUCAAAUAUUUAACCUUACAUUUAAAUUCACAGUGGUGAGUGAGGUUGCUUUUGAUAUUGUGAGCUUUUUUCAUUUGGAAAAUGAAUGUAUUUUUAAUAAAAAAAAAAAAAGAAAGGUUAUUUUUUUUUUUUACUAUUCUUAAAAUCUUAAGAUGUAUACUAGGUGGUACAUAUAUUUAUGUUUCAGUAACAUAAUGUUAUCGAUAUUAUUUCUAUCUUCCGUGAUCCUUUGCACUAACACUAUUCAGGAUUUAUAUUGCGUCAGAUUAUAAUUUUAUAUGCUUUAGCAAUAAAACAGUGGACAUUACAAUGUUGAAAUAAAAACAAUAAUUAUUAUUAUUUGACUUUAUACACGCAUAUGUACACUUGUAUUAAGGCCUUAUAUGUUUUAUUUGUUUGUAUAUAACUGUUUAUAGUUAUCUAUAUAUUCUUAUUAAUUAAAAAUUUCCUACUAAUCUAUUUAUACUAACCAAUUAAGAGAACUAAGACCAUUAAAUAAUUAUCUCCCUUAUAUGUUUAACCUCAUUGCUGCUCUAGAGGUUUGCUGAAUGAUCACGUCAUGGGUCUAAUAUUUUAAAAGCUUCUGUGUGAGUGAGUGUUUCGGGCUAUGACGCAUGUAACAACUGCAUUUGAAAAUAUCUCGACCAACCAUGACAUCUGAAAUAUAUUGGUUGCGUUUAAUCCCGUCACGAUUCUACUCACACCACCUCAGUUUUCAGGACUGAAUUCCGCUUAUGUCAGUUCCGAACUUUAGUUUUCAAUGGGUUAUAUAAAGGGGAUAAUAUUUUGGUAAACUGUCAUUUUAAUUGUUUUGUAUGUAAUUAAUGACGUUAAUUUAUCACAAAAAUUAUUUAAUAUAUAAACUGAUUUAUUGGGAGUAUAAAUGAGGGAGUAUAAAAUAUCUAAUGGUUUACGUCUGAACUCCCCAGUGUUUAUUUAUUCCUAUAUAUAAUUGUGAAUUGUCAAAAUGGAUUAUUAAAUGAAUAGAAAGGAUAUGUAUAUUUGAGGAAUGUAUGUAAGGUUACAUAAACUGGAUUUAUAUUUGUUAAAGAAAAGAAAUGUUUGACUUGAAUAUAAUAUUAGAGUAUUAUUAUAACAAUCUAUUUAAAACACAAUCUUAAUCCUGUUUUCAAUUUUCUAAAAGUUUUGUUUGUCGCUCUGUGAAUCCUGUAUAAAUGUUAUUCAGGAUUACCAGAGGAGUGAAUAUAUAAUAUCUAAAAGUAUUUUUUUUACUGAAAAAUAGGGGUUAUAUUUGAUGACUUUAAAAUUUUAUAAACAGAAUAAAGAUUGUUUGAAUUUAGAUUGAUUAUUAUAUAAGCUUUAAAUAUAGUCAAAGUGGAUUUUUGUUUUGUUAUUUAAAUAGGGAUAUAUAUAUAUUAUAUUAAACUAUGGUACUUUAUCUCUUUAUAAAUAUAUCUAUUUUAGUAUGCUUCACAUUUAAAUACUUAUAGGCAUACAUUUAAAAAUUUGUAGGUAGAAUACAUAAACUCAGCAAAUAUCGAAACAGAUUUGAUACAUUUAUCUUCUAAUAAAUGUACCCAAGAGAUAGAGUGACAUAAAUUAGGUCGUUUUGGGACUAACAUGUACACAGCAGUACAAUUUUAUUUCAAUGAUUUGCUCAGACUAAGGUUUUUUGUAGUGGGAGGAAACCCACAAGGUUGGGUAAGCAUCACAACUGCUUUUCACGUGCAAGCUUGGGAUCUUAAGUGCGCACAUUAGACCACUUGACCACCCUAAUAUGUACCCACAUCUCUGCAUGGGAAAAUAUUUUCCAUGAUCAGUAUUUCAUUACAUUUAUUUAUGAUACAUAUUUUGUUAAUUUAAAACCACAAUAAUAGACACAUAAAGAGAGGUAUCAAGUUUCAAAUAUAAUUUUAUUUUUAUUAAUUUGAUUAUUUUUGGCUUUCAAUAUCAAGUGAUCAUAUUUUUAUUUCUAAAAAAAAAAAGUGUCAUCACUUGCCAUGGAUCAGAUAUCAUUUUUAAUAUUAACUUCUGUAUGUAAAUAAAAUUAUAUUUAUAUAUAAAGAACCACUUCUACAAAUUCUGCUGAAAUCAAAACCGAUUAAUAAAAAGUUAAUUGUAAUAUAACCCAUGUGUGUAUUCAUUUUUUAAUUGUACAAUUUUAAAAAUUUUGAUUAUUAUUUCAUUAAAUUUGGUAGCUGAACUGAAAUUCAUAAUAAGAGAUUUCUUAAAUGGUUAGCGACUUAAUUAGCAGAUCCAUUAAAUGAAAUUCGAUUAAUACAUCUGAUUUUUUUUCUUGAUUCCGGACUCCCGAUUAAUUAUUAAUUAAUUGUGUAGAAUUGCACUAGGGACUUUGCAGUUGCUUGGCACCUUGGAAAUAUGUUGCCUUUUUGGGUUGAUGUCUUAAUCACAAUGUUUGGAAUAUGAAUCCUACAUUUAAGUCCCUACCGAAUUAGUUAAUACUAGAUUUAAUGAAAUAAUAAUAAUAUUGUACAUAACAUGUAUUGUUAGCCUGUAUGUUUUCACAAUAUCUGUCCCCAUGUAGGCAACAUGUAUUAUAUUAUACCGUCUAUGUUUGUAUGGAAAGAUUAGAAAAUAGAAUAAAAAUUAAUAUUCCA